AUGUCGACGACUUUCAUCGGAAAGCCCAUCUCGCUCAUCUCGCACUCGGACGUGCGCUACCGCGGCAUACUAGCGGGCAUCGACCCCAACGCGUCGACGAUCCAGCUCUCCAAUGUGUACUCGAUGGGCACGGAGAACAGGCGACCCGCCGCGCAGUUCAUACCGCCCGUACCGGACCCGUAUGAGUACAUCAUUUUCCGUGCGAGCGAGGUGAAGGACCUCUCGGUCGACGAACCCCAGCCGCGUCCGACUCUCCACGCCGAUCCCGCCAUUCUCGGUGCAUCUGCUGCCCCCGUGCCUCAGCAGCAGCAGCCAUACGGACAGUUCAACGGUGCACCGGGGUACGCCGCGCAGAACGGUGCGCCUCAGCAACGCGCGCAGGCCCCGCCUGCGGCGGCGGCUGCAGCGCAACAAGCCUCCUACGCCCAACGCGCAGGAGGCGCCAACAACUCCGUGUCGACGGCCGAUGCCUCUCUGGAGACUGUUGGCCGCGCACUGGCAGAUUCCAAGGCGGCUUCACGCCACGGCUCGCGCGCUGCGCCACCUGUAGCUGUACCCGCACAGGACUUUGACUUUGCCGGCUCGAAUGCAAAGUUCAACAAGGAGGCUGUUAGCCCUGGGCCGGAUCAGGACGAGGAUGUCGAGCCGGCUUAUAACCCCCAGCGGAGCUUCUUUGAUAGCUUGAGCUCUGGUGCUGGUGGAGGCGGCAGUAGCGGUGCGCCUGUGCGUGGUGGUGGGCGCGGGGGACGCGGACGAGGCGGCCGGAACAGGCGUGAGGAAGAACGCGAACGGAAUGUUGCGACUUUUGGCGAGCCGGGCGGUGUGGGACUUAUGGGCCCUGGAGCGUAUGUCGGCGGAUGGGGAGGGUACGGAAGGAGAGGCGGGGGACGCGGACGGAGGGGUGGAGGUGUAGCGCAACGUUGA